ACAAUGAAUCACCUUAUAACAAGCUCUCUCCAGAUUAUACUCCUAAUCCUCUUCUGCUCGAUCUUCUCUCUCGGACGUUGGUUCUCCUCAAGCCCACGCGCGCGCGGAACAGGACCCCGGGUGGAGCGGUUAUGUCCCAUCCUUUUCACGCCAUCAUCCACAGUCCAUUUCUUCCCGUGCCCUUCCGCCCCGGGGCAGCCGCUGCUCCCUCGCUCGGAGUUAAUGUAGCGUGGCCCUCGAGAGCUCUGCGUCUGCCGAGGGCGAGGGCGUCCGCGGACAAGCGAGAGCAAGCGAUGGAGGAGCAAGGCGGCGCGGCGGCGCUGGGCUGGGCGGCGAGGGACGCCACCGGUGUCCUCUCACCCUACAACUUCUCCAGAAGGGUUCCGAGAGACGACGAUGUCACGAUCAAGGUGCUCUACUGCGGGAUCUGCCACACCGACCUGCACGUCAUCAAGAACUACUGGGGCAACGCCAUGUACCCCGUCGUCCCCGGGCACGAGAUCGUCGGCGUGGUGGCCGGCGUCGGCGGCGGCGUCACGAGGUUCAAGCCCGGCGACACGGUGGGCGUGGGCUACUUCGUCGGGUCCUGCCGCUCCUGCGACAGCUGCGGGAAGGGGCACGAGAACUACUGCGCCGGGGUCGUGCUCACCUCCAACGGCGUCGACCGCGCGCACGGCGGCGCGGCCACGAAGGGGGGCUUCUCCGACGUCAUCGUCGUGAGCGAGCACUACGUGCUCCGCGUCCCGGACGGCCUGUCGCUGGACCGCACCGCGCCGCUGCUCUGUGCCGGCGUGACCGUGUACAGCCCCAUGAUGCGCCACGGCCUGAACGAGCCCGGCAAGCACCUGGGCGUCGUGGGGCUCGGCGGCCUCGGCCACGUCGCCGUCAAGUUCGGCAAGGCGUUCGGGAUGAAGGUCACCGUCAUCAGCACGUCCCCGAGCAAGCGCCAGGAGGCCGUCGAGCACCUCGGCGCGGACGAGUUCGUGGUCAGCCGCGACCCCGAGCAGAUGAAGGCGGCGACGGGCACCAUGGACGGCAUCAUCGACACGGUGUCGGCGUGGCACCCUAUCGCGCCGCUGCUGGCGCUGCUGAAGCCGCUGGGGCAGAUGGUGCUCGUGGGCGUGCCGAACAAGCCGCUGGAGCUGCCGGUGUACGCCAUCGUGCCCGGCGGGAAGGGCGUGGCCGGGAACACCGUCGGCAGCGUCGGGGACUGCCAGGCGAUGCUCGAGUUCGCGGGGAAGCACGGCAUCGGCGCCGAGGUGGAGGUGAUCAAGAUGGACUAUGUCAACACGGCGAUGGAGCGGCUCGAGAAGAACGACGUCCGCUACCGCUUCGUCGUCGAUGUCGCCGGCAGCCUCGGCUCUGCUGCCUAGGCAAAGCUGCAGAAGGUUGAAUACUCGAAUCAGAGGCCCCAACCAAUGACUAUAUAUUGCCGCUUGUUGAUAAGUUCAGGCGCUAAUGGUGGAUUUGUGGCUCUGAUUGUUUGGUGCGUACAAAUAAGAGAGAUAUGGUGCGCUUAAGUACAUGUAAACUGAGCACUAUAAGUUACUCUGAUUUGAUGUUUUUCUUAACACAAUACUAAAGUCUUUAUCUAGCUA